GCUGGCAGGUGCUGCCGGAGCAUGGAUGGGUGCUGGGAGGGCUCGGCACACAGGGAGGCUGUGCCAGGGCCCCAAAACACAGGUCAGGGCACCGGCACAGCCUGCCCGUGUUUGCAGGUGGGGAAACAGCAAAAAUGAGCCAGAGGCUUCUCCAGGCCCACCUUGGCUCAUGCAACAAGUUGAAUUUGAUGUUUAAGAUCCAAUACUGCCAACAUUUUCAGCCCUGGCUCCCCGCCCCUUCAUUUAUUUAAUGCCAAUGUUUCCACCUUCCCCUCUUUCCUCUCCUCCUUUCCCAGAUGACCCUUUCUGGAUCCUACAGAGCCGUGGUGGGGCUCAGCUCAUGCCCUUGUGUCUUGCAGAUGUACAUCCAGACCACGACGCUCACCAUCUCAGUGAGUCUGAGUGCCUCGGUGUCCCUGGGCAUGCUCUACAUGCCCAAGGUGUACAUUAUCCUCUUCCACCCGGAGCAGAACGUCCCCAAGCGCAAGCGGAGCCUCAAGGCGGUGGUGACAGCGGCCACCAUGACCAACAAGUUCUCUCAGAAGGGAGGUUUCCGCCCCAAUGGAGAGGCCAAAUCAGAGCUCUGCGAAAAUCUGGAAACACAAGCACUGGCUACCAAACAGACCUACGUCAGCUACAGCAACCACGCGAUUUAGCUCCAGCCAUCGCAACUGCCUGGCACAGCGGGAGCUGCGGAUGCCACGGCGCGGGAGGGAGCCGAGUCGCAUCGCUGGUCGCAGGACGCUGGAGGGGACCCGGACGGGACGGGAAGGUGGCAGCGGGGGGACACGCUCCUGGCCGGCCGCUGGGCAGAGCUCCCGGGGGAGAUGGUGAUCAACAGCAGCAAAAAAAAAAAAAUAAAAAAAAUAGAAAGAAUAAAAAUAAACCACCGACCAAGCAACCACCGUGACAAUGCAUGCCUCCCCACGGAGGAAGAGGAACAGUUGAGCAGGGGGGACGUAGUGCGGGGAAGAGGUGACGGACUUCGGCAAGUCUUUGGGGUUUUUUUCCUGUAUCUUGGCAAAUUAAAAAAAAAAGAGACCCAACAUUUUCCCUUUUCUGGAAUUUGUGAGAUUGUUUGUGAUUGUGCAGAACCUUCUGUUUUCUCUUUUCUUCUUUUUUUUUUUUAACCCCUCCAUUUUCUUUUGUUCCUGUCUUCCUCCGUCCCUCUUCACUCUCUCUCCCGUAUCCUACCAAAUUCUAUAUGUUGCAAAAAGGAAAAAUAAAUAAAAAUACAUAAAAUCUAAAUAAAAAAAAACAGACGACAAAAUAAAAUAAAAUAAAACCUAGACUGUGUUCAAAGUGCUGAUUUCUAUAGGUGGUUAAUUAAUGUAUGUGAUGACCAUAUGGAUUGAAAUAUGUCUGCUUUAUGUACUGACCAGUCAAAAAACAAAAACACACACACAAAAAAAAACGAAGUUCAGUGCCUGGAUGUUUAUGAAUUAUUCAAUGACUGUGUAGAGCAUGAUCAUUUUUAUACGAGGAGAUUUCUAAUAAAAGACCAUGGUUUUGCACUCAG